AUGAGGUUGUCAGUUCGGUUCCCCGCAGCUGCUGCCGUCGCUGCUGCUGCUCCUCCCUCCUCCUCCUCCUCCGCUCCGGCCGGCGUCCCUCCGCACGGAAUCCGGCCCGGUGACCGGUUCUCAUCCAAGAAAUCCCAAUGCGUCUCCCACCAGCACCCCGCCGCCACCACCCCCCAAUAUCCCCGGUCAGAUGUGACAGGAAGAUUCAAAUCCAGAAAACAACCGGGAUCCUCCGACCGGUGGGAUGCUCACAAGUCCCCGCUGCCCCUCCGCCGAGUCCACCGGGCUCCUUGUCCGUCAGUCGGUACCGGAGUUACAUCCAUCAUCCGGUGCAGAGGCGCUGUCCUCCGGUGCUCCGCGGCUCGUCCUUGCCGUCAGCGGCUCUUCGCGGCCCGUCAGGCCGGGGAGGAGAGGCGGAGAGGCGGAGAGUCGGCGCUCCGUGGUGCCGCUGUGAAGAAGAGGCAGAAGCGGUCAGUCCUCGGUGGAUUUUACCGGUAUUUCUGUGGUUCUGGAUCUGAGUCCAAACUAGCAGGGAUCAUCUGGACCCUGUCUGCUCUGGUGUUCUGGCUGAAUGAAGGCGUGGAUGGCGUGCAGUUGUCGGGGGUGGAGCGGGUGGCCAGCGUGGUGCCUUCUCUGUGGACCGACAUUCGAGCCAUAAUACAGAAUGGGACGAGUCCCAAAAAGAGAGUCCUGAUCGGUGUCACAGAGCGCUCCUCCGCUGAAGACGUGUCCGCCCUCCUCAACUCCACCGGUGUCGACCUGCUGAUCUCUAGGGUCCUCCUCCACAACAACAAGGAGCACGCUCAGUCCGUCCAGCUCCUGUAUUCGUCCCACAUCCAGACCAAGCUGGCCUGGAGCCUGGGGGGGAGGGCAGAGGGUCACCUGGCGUCGCUGGUGGGUCCGGCUCAGGUCAAACAGCACCAGCUGCUGCUGCUCACGCUGCCCGGGACGCCCGUCAUCAACUACGGAGACGAGAUCGGCCUGAUGGACGAGGGCACCAAGUUUCCCAGAAUGCUUUGGGACUCUGAUGAGGAGCUGAAUGGGACUCUGCAGGAGGAGAGAGCCGAGCGGUUGUCCUGUCGCAGUUUUUUCCGCAGUCUGAGUGAGCUUCGUGGUAAAGAGCGCUCCCUGCUGUUCGGAGACUUCUUCCUCCUCACUAACUCCUCCUCUUCCUCCGUGGCGUACCUGCGGCUCUGGGAUCAGAGCGAGCGUUACCUGGCCGCCUUCAAUUGGGCGGAGGAGGCGGCGGUGCUGCAGCUAACAGAUGCGCUGCUGCCCCGGCACGCUGUGGUCGUCCACAGCACCAACAGCAGCGCCCUGCCUGCCGACAAAAGUGUGGAUCUGACAUACCUGCGGCUCGGCCCCGGACAGGCUGCGCUCCUCAGGUUUCCCUACACUGGAUAGAGUUUGGAUCCUGUUAUCAGCUGUUAUCUUCUGAAAACAUGAUGAUUAAAGCCUCAUUUAGACACCACAAGUUAAAAU